UGCUGUCCGCAUCUAUCAUACCCAUCGAGCGAGUAGACUGCUAGUCCUCCCUCCCCCCACCACCAUGUCUGCCCCCGAAGUAUUCCAGCUCUCCUUGGGACCCCUCACAGGUGUCGCCUUCAGCCCCGACAGAACCCAGGUGGCUGUCUCUCCCAACUCUAACGAAGUACACAUCUAUGAGAAGAAGGGCUCUGAGUGGGAACUGAAGGAUGUGCUUGCCGAGCACGACAAGCUCAUCACUGCCAUCUCCUGGGCCCCCAACUCCAACCGCAUCGUCACGUGUUCUCAGGACAGAAACGCUUACGUCUGGACUCCUACUGCAACUGGAUGGAAGCCUGCCCUUGUCCUUCUCCGUAUCAGCCGCGCGGCCACUUGCGUCAAAUGGUCACCCAAGGAGGACAAGUUUGCCGUCGGCAGUGGCGCGAGGACUAUCGCCGUGUGUUACUUUGACCAAGAAGACAAUUGGUGGGUAUCCAAGCAUGUCAAGAAGCCCCUCAGGAGUACCGUGCUCUCGCUCGACUGGCAUCCCAACAAUGUGCUUCUGGCGGCAGGCACGGCAGAGUCCAAGGCCUAUGUCUUUUCUGCCUACAUCAAGGGCCUGGACGCCAAGCCUCAGCCCACGGUCUGGGGCGAGCGAUUGCCAUUUGGCACCAUCUGCGGCGAGUUCAAAUCCCCUGAUGGUGGCUGGGUGCACAAUGUCGCAUUCUCUCCCUCUGGUGACACUCUUGCCUUUGUUGCCCAUGAUGCUUCCAUCUCGGUUGUCUAUCCUUCCGCUCCUGGCUCUCCUCCCUCCGCACAUGUCGUGCUUCGUCUCCCCUCGCUGCCUUUCACGGUCUUGACCUUUACUAGCGAGUCCACCCUCAUUGCGGCGGGACACGACUGCCAGCCCAUGGUUUUCAGCGGCUCCCCCGAAGGAUGGGCCUUCUCUCAUUCACUCGAUGACCCCUCUUCGGGCGGUUCCCGACCCCUCACUCCCAGUGCGACUGGCUCUCGCUCUGGUGGUGUCGGCCGACUCGGCAACAAUGAGGCCUUCAACCUCUUCAAGGCAGCCGACUCAAAGGGCCAACGUGGCCCCGCUCCUCCUGGCGCUCCCACAAGCGCUGGCUUGACCCCUGUUGGCAGCGACGGGCUGCUCACCACUGUGCACCAGAACACCAUCACUUGGCUAGAUGCGUACGAGUGGGCAGCCAACGGGGAUGUCCCAAAGGUCAGCACUGCAGGCAAGGACGGGCGAUUGGUAGUGUGGCCUGUCACAGCCAAGGGUGGUGCCGGUGGAUUGGCAGGGAGGAUGGGUGGGCUGCAAGUCUAGGUGCAAGGGCAAGCGUCUUGGUACGAAAGUUCAAGGUGAUGCAACUAUUCAUCGUUCUCACAAAGAUGCGAUUCAUUGAGUGUCGAGAAAUGUCCACUGGUCACUGACAAGGCAGGGGGCGGAAUAUCACAACGAUAGUCUGGAUUGACAAGCUUGAAUAAUGGAGAGCGAUCGCUAGCCUGUGAUCAGCGGACAUCUAAAUGUGCCUACCGACCGUUAUCUAAUGCGCUGCGCGAUGCGCCCACAACGUAAUACACUCCUGUGUCAAACUCUGAUCCCGAUUCCCGUGGACCGUGAACUCAAGUAGAGUGGGAAAGGGCAGGAGUAAUAUUCUGGCUAAGCGACAAGAGGCUCAAGGACCGGUAAAUGCUCUGGGCUGGAAGCCGCUUGCGGCUAUCGUGAGUUUCCCUCGUGGAAACAUGCCGCAGAAAUGAUGAGCCGUAGGCCGUGGGCCGCCGGCUAACGACGCUCGCACAUAUGUCAUUGUGCAGAGGAACUUGCGCCACCCCUCCUCACUGUAGCUAUUAUACACCAGCUGCAUGUGCAUACAUUUCAGCUGUCACAGGUCACUCGCAACCAAUAUUGCAACAGAUCUUGGCAUUUUGACCACUGCUGCACGUUGUCUCACCAGCCGAAUGGAUCCCGGCAACUUGGAUGACCUCGGAUCUGCAGGCGAGAAUGGUAUCGGCUGCGUGACCAUCCUGCCGACCGUGCCGAUGGGUGCUGCGGCAAUGGCGGAACGAGAAUGUCCCCUCGCCCACAUCGAGCUGCAGAGGCAAGAGGAGAUCGAGGAAAGAGGCUCCAGAGCUCCAGAUCCCCCAACCAGGGCCCCCACAGGGCCCCCAACACUCUAAAGCGGGUACCCGGAAACCUCAGGGAUAGUUAAGCGGCAAUGGCUGAUUGCAAAGUUUGGUUCCUGUGCCUGUACCUUGCUCUCGAUAUCUCGUCAAUCACAAAUCUAUUGCUUUGUUUGUUGGGCCUUUGGGGCAUCUAGUCUGCACCCAUCUACACCUUCAAUUGCCGCAGUAUCCUCCAUAGGUUCAGGCAUCCUAGAUUGACGACCACGUCUGCAUAGCGUAUGGCAGCCUCUACUUCACAACAUGGUCUGCUGACCUUCGGCUUUCAGAUCUGACUAAAACUAUACUGUAAUUUUUCGAUGAAGUCAUGUACG